AUGAGGGCCUUCACUCUUCAAGAACAAUCAUCUUCUCCAUUCUCUAAAUACCUCCCUGCGACGAAAACACCAAGUCCACGCACAAUCAGCCGCGAGCCUUCGACCCCACGCCUGCCGAGACACGCGCGAGCCGCCGAGUAUACGCGACCAGCAUUGAGGAGACCUCCACGAGCAGCAGCUGCUGCAACUUUCGAGUCCACGAGCAGCAAACCAAGUGCAUCGCGAUCAUUUGCCAAGAGAACCGAGAUGAGAGUUCGGAUCUCAUUCGAGACUUGGGAGAAAUCAAAAUUAUUUGGACGGGUCUCGCUGACGACACGACUCCAGGGGCCAAGGCUCGCGCCGUGCCUGCCAUUCCCACCUCGUCGGUCGCCAUUCCCCACCCCGCCGGCCACCGGUCGUCACUCCCCACCCCGCGCGUCGUUGGCGCCCGCUGGAGAUCGUGCUUCUGCUCCUGGAACAAAGGGGGGCAAGGGGAGCAAGCCCAAGACGAGGAGUGUGCGUAGCCUUCUAGAGCCGCCGCCCGUACAGGCUGCAACGACGUCUCCAACAGCAGUCUCCGCCCACUGCUAUUUGGAGCACAAAUUUAAAUGCAAUCAAUGUUUCACUUGGUUGUUGGUAGGAUCAGGGAGUAGAAGGGAAGCAUCUCAAAGUGUUGCAUCUAGUGGAACUUGUGAAAGUCCAGCUACAGAAAAUAACAAGGAGGGAGAUGAGGACAAUGAGUAUUUAACCACUUCACCACCUGCUCAUUAUCCAGAAAUACCUGCACUUUCUUCCACCCCAGACCUUGACCCUGUCCUUACCAUUCCCUCAGUUGCAGCAUCUCUGAUUCCACUGAAAGAUUGA